GAUAAUACCCAUCUUCUUAGUAAAUAUCAAUACCAAGUUUCAACACGAUCUCCUCAGUCACCAUCUGCUAAAAAUAGUUUAACUGAUAUCACGUCUAAUUCUGGUACAGAAGAGGUAGUUUGGGGUCAGUUUGGAGUUUCUGAAGAUGAUCUUUAUAUUUGGACAGAAAAACUGAGAAAGUGGAUAAGUUUAACAGUCGUAUCUAGGCUAGCCCAAGAGAUUAAAGACAUCAACAAAGCUUUACGGAGAAUUGGUUGUGAAGAUACACAAAUUGGAGAAGUUGGAGUAUCAACACUAAAACAGUUGGCGUUAACCAAGGGUAACUUCAUCCCAGGAUUCAACUCUGUCGUACCCUAUCUGGAUUUUUCCUCCAAUCAGGAAUACUUUACUAGGAGAAUACUGGAGCUAGGUAAAGAUGGCUGUAUGAGUGAAUUCUGUUGGAAUAGUGGAGGUGAUUAUGGUAAAAAAUGGGGAGAACAUCUUCCUACUGAUUCUGCUAUUGUAAUGCAUCUACUAUGUACGUACAUGGAUUCUCGACUUCCUGCCCAGCCUAGAUUUCCUGAUGGUAAAACAUUCACCAGUCAGUAUUUCAUAAAAACACCAGAUAAACCCAAUCUAAGUAAGAAAGACAAUUUAUUAUUACAUCAGACUAGUAUAAAUCCUCCAUGUUAUCAAGUUGUAGUUGGUGAGAAUAUCUUCACUCUACCAAAAGGUCGUAAUAACAUGUUUCAAGCUCUAUUACUAUUUCUGUAUCAUGUUAAACACAAACAGGACGGCAUGCUAGGUCGUAUAAAUCUAGGAUUGUCUGGUAUCAACCUUUUGUGGAUUUUUGAUAAUUAA